UCCUGCUCGCCGUCACCAUGGGCUUCGUCCCGACAAUGACCAGAGCUGACCAGUCGCUCAGGAGAGGGGACAUCACCAACCACAGGCUCCAGGCGUCCCCUUCCCAUCCAAGCCUGGGAGAUGAAGUGACGCUGUCCUGUUCCUUCGAGCUCCAUCUCGCCGCCGAGGAACAUAAUAAUAUGUCGGAACCAGCGGUGACCUUUCAUCAAGCUCGGCAGAUCACCAAGUCCCUAUCUGGAGUACCCUUCCAGGACAACCAAGUUGCCGCUGUGACGUCACCUACUGACCAACUGGACACCCGAAACACGUCAGGGACGGAGCGGAUUCGAACCAGCUACCUCUGUAGCAACAGUAGCUACAACGCCAGCCUGACCAUCGCAAACUUCAGCUACGCCAAUGACGGCUGCUACUCCUGCCUGGUGUGGCUAGAGAACAGAGAGGAGUACAAGUCUGGCGGGGUGCUGCUCUGGGCCACAGGCAGGCCGAUCAUCAAACGUGACGACCUCACACCUACCGUCCAUGGUGUCAUCGGCCUCCUGACCUCCCUGAGAUGCCCUUUCUUCACCAACCCCAGGCACACACUGGUCAAGUGGUACGGGCCCAACGGCCAGCUGAAUGAUGCCCAGAUAAAGACCUUCCAUGUGAACAUGGACGAGUGGGAGACCCAGAUGUACAUUGACCAUCUCCAGCUCUCUGACCUGGGCCAGUACACGUGCACUGUGGCCAACUGGCUAGGGAACGAAUCCUUCACCUUCACGCUGCGGGGGUCCCCGUUCGUUCAGAUCGACGGCGGCGAGAACGGUGUGCUGACCCUGGACCAGACCAAGAACCAGACAGUUGUUUGUUGCGCCGCUAACUUCCCUGGCGCAAGCCUACAGUUUUUCUGGGUUCUGGAGACGGACUUGGUCGUGAUUCACAUCCAGGACGGGAUGGAGGACUUCACUAUACGGCAGACUGGGAGGUUUGAAGGAAGCCCACCCACUGUGACCUCUCGCAGCAGACGUCAGAUGACCUCCCUGGGCCUGAGAGAAGUCCUGGCCUGUACAGUAGUAGCUUACCCGGCCCCCAGGACAUUCCACUGGACCUUCAACACCGGCGAGAAAGGCUCGGAGGAGCACGAUAUAUACUCCACGCCCGGCGAAUACGAGCAGAAGGACAUGAAGAUGCCGACGGGGUCCAGCAACUAUUUCCUGACCACCCUGGCCAUCCUGAAUGUGACAGAGAAGCAUCUGGGCGUCUACAAGUGUUCCGCCACCAAUGAGAAGGGCACACAGGGGGACCUGGUGCAAGUGGAUAUGUGCAAAGCUGGAUUCGAGCCAACGUUAUACAGGAAACAUUGCCAAGGUAUGUGUUAUGUAAGGGAAAUAAUAAGACCUGCUCGUAGUUCAUUCCCUUAG